CGUAUAGACUUUGUUCCUUCUUUCUCUAAUUCCUCUUGGCCAACAGCUCGACAGCUCCAGCGCGUGAGCUUGCUAUACGCGUGGAAACGCCGAGUCUUGCGACCGGGUCCUGCAAAGUCGGUCUUGUCAAAGGCCACACGCCUGCUGGAUCUACGUCUUACAGCAUACGACAGCGUGCAUGUUCUUAUGUGA